GCAAAACAUGGCUUAUAAUUUAAACUCAUUAUUUAACCUUUGUCCAGUUCAUCUAUGUCGGCUUGUUCUCUACUACUACUCCUUUCAACGUAAACUCUAUUUUUUGACACUAACAUACGUAUCAUAUAACAGACGCAUUACGCUAUAACUUUAUUUCAUAUUUUUUUCAUUAACAAUACUUAAUUAUAUUAUAAUCUUGCAUACAGAAUAGUAUAAAGAUGUUAUUGUAGUACAUAUACAGUAGCAAUAUAAAGCAGCUCCGUUAUUAUUGGCGUCUGAUUUUCCGGCGAGUUCUCUGAUUCUUGGGGUAUCGUAUAACUUAUUGACCACACCUAUUGUCUCUACUUUAUUCUCUCUUCCUUCCCAUUUUUGGAAUUUUUUUUUUUUUUUGCAUUCUUGAUUUUCCGGCGAGUCUUAGCUUGGUGGUUCUAGUUUUAGUUACUUCCUCUACCGGCUGAAGUGGUAAUCAGUAAUCACUGAAUUCAGAGAUAAAAUUAUCUAUCUAUUUUGGGUACAGUUAAGUUGAAAAGAGGCAGUUAUUUUGUGGGGUGUAGUUUGAUUCCGGCAACCGGAAAAUGCUGACGUAUUCAUGACAAUGGAAAAGGAAGAAUAUUUGCAUUUUAGGAAAUUCUGCUGGAUUUGGAUAUUAUAAAAUAUUGUGUUGCAAUUAUGGAGCUAGCAUAAUGGUGGAGUUAUAAGCUCUUUGCAGCUGGAUUUUUGUGUUAGAGGAUUUUUUUUUUUGUUUUUGAGAAGUGGGAAAGAUAAAUAAAUUGUGAAGAAAUUCAAGUGGAAAUUUUGCUGAAAUGAAGGCGCCAUCAAACGGAUAUAUUGCAAAUUCAGGAGAAGGUGAUAAAAAGGUCAUGAAUUCAGAGUUAUGGCACGCUUGUGCUGGCCCGUUGGUUUCUUUGCCUCCUAUUGGAAGCCUUGUAGUAUAUUUUCCUCAAGGUCACAGUGAGCAAGUGGCAGCAUCAAUGCAAAAGGAGACAGAUGGAAUACCAAGUUAUCCUAAUCUUCCUUCCAAGUUGAUCUGCAUGUUACACAAUGUCACUUUACAUGCUGACCCUGAAACUGAUGAGGUUUAUGCUCAGAUGACUCUUCAGCCUGUAAAUAAAUAUGACCAGGAGGCUUUAAUUUUAUCGGAUAUGGGUCUUAAGCAGAACAGGCAACCUGCUGAGUUCUUCUGUAAAACUCUCACAGCUAGUGAUACAAGUACACAUGGUGGAUUUUCUGUUCCUCGUCGAGCGGCUGAGAAGAUAUUUCCUCCACUGGAUUUUUCAAUGCAACCUCCUGCUCAGGAGUUAAUGGCUAGAGAUUUGCAUGACCAAGCUUGGACUUUUAGGCAUAUAUAUCGAGGUCAACCAAAAAGACACCUAUUGACAACUGGUUGGAGUGUCUUUAUCUCCUCUAAAAGGCUAUGUGCCGGUGAUUCUGUCCUUUUCAUAAGAGAUGAAAAGUCACAGCUUCUCUUGGGUAUAAAACGAGCGAAUAGACAGCAGCCUGCUCUCUCCUCAUCUGUUAUAUCUAGUGACAGCAUGCACAUUGGGAUCCUUGCUGCUGCAGCUCAUGCUGCUGCAAACAACAGCCCGUUUAGUAUCUUUUACAAUCCGAGGGCUAGCCCUUCUGAAUUUGUGAUUCCUCUGGCCAAAUAUAAUAAAGCUAUGUACGCACAAGUUUCGCUAGGCAUGCGAUUUCGGAUGAUGUUUGAGACGGAGGAGUCUGGAGUCCGUAGGUAUAUGGGUACAAUAACUGGUGUUAGUGAUCUGGACCCCAUACGAUGGAAGAGCUCUCAGUGGCGUAAUCUUCAGGUGGGAUGGGAUGAAUCAACUGCCGGGGAACGUCCAAGCAGAGUUUCAAUUUGGGAUAUUGAGCCUGUCGUAACUCCUUUUUAUAUCUGUCCACCUCCAUUUUUCAGGCCCAAGUUCCCUAAACAGCCAGGUUUUCCUGGUGAUGAGUCUGAUAUUGAAAAUGCAUUAAAGAGGGGGAUGCCAUGGAUCAGCGAUGAGUUCGGUCUAAAAGAUGCUCCAAGUUCAAUAUUCCCUGGACUAAGCUUGGUACAAUGGAUGAGUAUGCAACAGAACAAUCAUAAUCCUGUUGCCCAAUCCGGACUUCCCAAUGUCUUGCACAGUAAUAUUGGCACGGAUGACCAUUCUAAGUUGUUGAGCUUUCAGUCACCUACACCAGGUCUCCAGUUUAACAAACCAAAUCAACUAAAUCAGCAAUUUGGUCAAAUCCAGCAGCCACAAUUAGCAUGGCCCCAACAACAACAGCAAUCAUUACAGUCUCCCCCGAGUGCACAGCAGCAGCAACACACACAGCAACAGCAGCAACACACACAGCAACAGCAGCAGCAGCCACCGCAACAUAUGUUGCAGCAGCCGCCACAACCCCUACCACAACCUCAGCUUCACCAGCAAGCACAGCAGCAACUGCAUCAACAACAACGUGGACCCCAGCAGCAACUGCACCAACAACAACGUGGACCCCAGCAGCAACAGUUAACCGUGAAUUCACCACCAGUAAAUAAUUGUAUAUCCCCUAACCAGAUGCCAAACCAAAGUUUUCCACAAGCUUCGAUAUAUGCUCAGCUUCAGCAGCAACAGUUGUUAUCAGCCAGCAACCAAUCACAGCAAAAUGUUCCUGUCAAUAAAAAUCCAUUUCUUUCAACAUCCUCGGCACAAGACUUCCCAUUUCAGCAACAAGCGGAACAGCAGUCUAACCUCUUGCAAAAAUCCCAGCAGCAGCAGCAGAUAAUACCGCAGCAGGCUCCACUACAAUUGUUGCAACAAAGUUUGAUGCAGAGGCCACAAGUACAGACAUCAUCACAGCAGAGCCUUACUGAGCAGCAGCUGCAACUACAGCUUCUUAAUAAACUGCAGCAGCAACAACAGCAACUGCAGCAGCAGCAGCAACAGCAACUGCAGCAACAAGCACAGCAAUUAUCUCAUGUAAGCUCUACUCUGGAACCACGUAUGCCCCAGCAACAACAGAACCGGCAACCACAAGAGCUCCAGUUUGGUCAUCAGCAAUUUAGUUCCAACAUCAUGACCACAGCCACACAUCUACAGUCACCUCAACAUGCUUUCAACCAACUCCAAGGCCAGAACAAAUCCCCGAUAACAAUCAGAGCACUUUCUGGUGCUACAGAUGGCGAUGCUCCUUCAUGUUCAACCUCUCCUUCUACAAAUAAUUUCCAAGUUUCACCACAAAACUUCUUGACCAGGAACCAAGGGCAAGCCAUACUAGUGGAUGAGUCAGUAGUUGAUCCAUCUCAAGAGCAAAACAAAUCCGAAUUUCGAAUGAAACAUGAACUACCCUUCUCAAAAAGUUCGGAGCAGUCUAAAUACAAAGGUAAUGGUACUGAGAACUUAGAGGCAGCCUCAUCGACAACAUCAUACGGGUUGGAUUCUAGUGGCUUCAACUUUUCAUUGCCUGCAUUAUGUGCGGAAGGCGAUGUUCAAUCACAUUCUAGGAACAAUCUUCCUUCUGCAGCAAAUAUAGAUGGAUUGACCUCCGAUGCUUUGCUGUCAAGGGAUUAUGAUUCCGGAAAGGAUAUGCAAAACCUAUUCUCUCCUUUUGGAAAUACCCCUAGGGACAUAGAAACAGAGUUGUCUGCUGCUGGGAUCAAUUCUCAACAAUUUGGGGUUCCAAACAUGUCAUACCAGCCAAGAUGUUCUAACGAUCUUGCUGUUAAUGAUAAUGGUGUUGUAAAUAAUAAUUCGUGGACGAAUCAGACUCAACGCAUGAGAACAUAUACAAAGGUUCAAAAACGAGGCUCUGUGGGAAGAACUAUAGAUGUGACUCGUUACAAAGGCUAUGAUGAACUAAGGCAUGAUCUAGCACGUAUGUUCGGUAUUGAGGGACAACUUGAAGACCCUCAAAGAACUGAAUGGAAGCUUGUGUAUGUAGACCAUGAGAAUGAUAUACUGCUUGUUGGUGACGAUCCUUGGGAGGAAUUCGUGAGCUGUGUUCAGAGCGUCAAAAUCUUGUCUUCUGCUGAAGUGCAGCAAAUGAGUUUGGAUGGGGAUUUAGGUAAUGUGCAAGUACCAAACCAAGCUAACAGUGGCACUGACAGUGGUAAUGCAUGGAGGGGACACUAUGAUGACAACUCAGCUGCAUCAUUUAAUCGAUGAAGGCGUUCUCGAUUCAUGAACUAACUUUGCAAUGCAUUUUCAACACAAUUCCCUUGAAGCUGCUAGCAAUUCAGAUCACCAGAAUGCAGCUGGUAGGAGCAACUCAUGUCAAGUUUUUUAUUCGUGACGUGAAUACACAUACCCUUUCGAGAUAUGGCAGUCCGUGCAUGUCUUCGUGGCACAGUUGAUGUUAGAUUAGUACCAUUACUACUUUGUGGAGUGUUUUAAUCAGAUUUACUGAGAUCAGGAUCCGUUUCUUAAUUCUUAUUCAAAGGUCCGAAAAUCUGUUAGUGAGUUUAGGAGAGCAGGUUUCCAAUGUUGAAUUAUUUGUUUCUAGAUCAGGUUGAUGUAAAUUAGCCUAGUAAUUUAGGCUUGGAAAAACUACAGGAAGAAAAAAUUCCUGUUGUACUAAAUGUAACAGAAAGUGUAUAGCUUUGGCGGAUGUGGGAAACAAUGUCUAAUGAUGGCUCCUAGAACUUAUAAAGAAAAUCCAUCAGGAAAAAUUCAGUUCCAAUCUUC